CCACGCGUGCCGUUUCACUGCAGUGAGUGUGGCAAGAGCUUCCGCUACCGCUCGGACCUGCGGCGCCACUUCGCGCGGCACACUGCUCUCAAACCCCACGCGUGUCCGCGCUGUGGCAAAGGCUUCAAGCACAGCUUUAACCUGGCCAAUCACCUGCGCUCGCAUACGGGCGAGCGGCCCUACCGCUGCUCCGCCUGCCCCAAGGGCUUCCGAGACUCCACCGGCCUGUUGCACCACCAGGUCGUCCACACCGGAGAGAAGCCCUACUGCUGCCUGGUCUGCGAGCUGCGCUUCUCCUCGCGCUCCAGCCUGGGCCGCCACCUCAAGCGCCAGCACCGCGGGGUGCUCCCGUCCCCCCUGCAGCCCGGCCCGGGCCUGCCCGCCCUGAGCCCGUCCUGCUCCGUGUGCUGCAACCUGCUGGUGCACACGGGCGAGAAGCCGUUCCCGUGCCUCGAGUGCGGCAAGUUCUUCCGCCACGAGUGCUACCUCAAGCGCCACCGGCUGCUGCACGGCACCGAGCGGCCCUUCCCCUGCCACAUCUGCGGCAAGGGCUUCAUCACGCUCAGCAACCUCUCCCGGCACCUGAAGCUGCACCGCGGCAUGGACUGACCACGCCCCUGCCGCCUGCGGCUGGACUCGGGGUCCCCAGGGGGCCGCCCAAACCCAGACAGGGGCCCUGAGAUGAGGGGGCCCUGGCUGGAGAGAUGGAGCCACCAGAAACCCAUAUAGGCCCUGAGCUGGGCACCCCCAAAUCAAUGGGCCCCUACGCUGGGGAGACCAAGAAAUGGGCCGACACAAGUACUAGUCACUCGAGGGCCCUAAUAAAAGACGGGCACCCCUCCCCAAGGGAAGCCUGCCCCUCCCGGAGAGCCAUCAUUCCCAACGACCUUGGUCUGGAGACUGUUGGGGGACCAUGCCCCCGGAUCUCCCUGGAUCCCUCCAAAUGCACCCCUGCAAUCACUGGUGCCCCUAGGUGAUGGAUAGAGCCAGAAUCUGCCUUCCCCCGUUGCAUUCCCUGUGCGGAAGGAGGACCAGGGUAGAUCCCCCUGCCCUCAGCCCACUCCCCGGUCAGGCCGCCCCCCCCUACUGCGGAAUGGGUCAACCCUAGUGGUCUCCCCACCCCCAAACACUAGACUAGGCUGGUUGGGCGUCCCCCCGCCCAGUAGGAUGGACUGGUCCAGAUGCGCAGCCUCCUGUCCACUGGAAUGGGCUGGCCCUGCCGUGGCCGGCGCCGCACCCUCUUCACAGCGGACACGGCAGGCACGCCCCUCCUCUUCUGCGUCAUUCCCGACCUGCGAGCUCACCCAGCGGGAGCUGGCGGACACUGGGGUCUCCUCCCACUCUGUCCUAGCACCUGUUGGUCUUCCCCUCUGUCGGUUUGUCUAUCUCUGUGUUCCAACCCUAAGGGAAAGCGGGGGCUUGCUAGGGGGUUCUCCCCAUGAGCCUGGACCUCACCCCCUCAUCCCCAGUCCCCGUGUCUCCAAGACCCCAAUAAACCUCAUCCUGUCGGUCA